AUGGGUCGCGCGUUGGUGCUAGCGCUGCUCGCGUUCUGCCUGGUGGGGUGCGCCUCGGCGCGCUAUGGCUCCCCCGCCAACGACGAGAAGGAGUUCAUUCCCGGGCAGCCCCAGGAGAUGUUCAAGAGCAGCGGCGGACGCGUGGAAGUGUGGAGCCCCGACUUCAAGCAGCUUCAGGAUGCGGACAUCGGUGCUGGCAUCGUCACGGUCGAGAGCCAGUCCCUGGCGCUGCCUCACUACGCCGACUCCGCCAUGAUCAACUACGUGAUUGAGGGGGAGGCGUGCGUCGGUCUCAUCACGCCGCUCGGCAUGCCCACCAACAUGCGCCGCCUGCGCAAGGGCGACGCGUACAUCCACCCGCGCGGGUGGGCGCACUGGGCGUGGAACAGCGGCAACCAGCCGUUCCGCGCGGUCGCCAUGGCCGACACCUCCAAGGGCCCGCAGCGCGGCCAGUACACGUCGUUCCACCUCAUCGGCGCACAGAAGGAGCAGAGCGGUGGUAUCCUGCACGGCUUCAGCUCCGAUCUGCUCGCACGCGCGUGGAACGUGGAGGAGAACGACGUGAAGCAGCUGCUGCAGGGGCAGAAGGAAACCGCCUUUGUGAAGGUCCAGCAGAGGAGCCAGGUCGACGCACUUAACGCCGCGAUCGACGCUCUCAAUGCGCGCUCCGGGGAGAACAUCUUCGGCGACUUCUCGUACAAUUUGAUUGAGAACGAGGCGGAUAUUGAGCGCGAGGGCGCGGGCCGCGUGACCUGGGCGAGUGGCUGGAAGCUUCCGAUGUUCCGCAAGGUUGGGUUCUCGGCUGCGCGAUUCGAGCUGGAGCAGAACGCGCUUGCGGCGCCGCAUUGGCUGGCUAACAGCGCGGCGCUGAUCUACGUGCUGAACGGGCAGGGACGGUUCGAGAUGACCCACUCCGAUGGGCGCACCGCGGUGCGGCGCGACGUGAAGCAGGGCGAGUUGAUCGUCAUCCCGCCCGGCCUCCCGCACGCCACGCUCGCCUCGGGCAACGGCAUCGAGUACAUCGCGCUCAUCACCAAGUCGCGCCCGCAGGUGGGCUUCCUCGCGGGGGCCAACUCCGUCUACCGCUUCCUGCCGCGCGCCAUCCAGCAGGCGGCUUUUAACGCGGACGAGAAGCUGAUCGAGAAGUUGCGCAGCACCCGCCAGCACGAGUAUGUCAUCCUGCCGCCAAAGGGCCACCAGCCCAAGCCCAGGGCGUUCUCCGCGGAGGAUGAGGACGUGGACGUUGAUUUCAGCAUCAUCGACACUCCCUAUGGGUUCUAA